AUGAACGUCCCCUCUCAUGGUGCUAUUGGGCUCGAUCAGUGCCUCGUGUUAGGAUCUUCUGGCUUCAUCAGAGCUUCGUAUGGAGAUUACUGGAAGUUCAUGAAGAAACUCAUCACCACUAAUAUGCUUGGAUCCUAUGCACUGGAACGGUCAAAAGGCGUUCGUGCAGUUGAGUUAAUGCGAUUUUACAGAAAUAUGCUUGAUAAGGCGAUGAACAAACAGAGCGUCGAGAUCCAUGAGGAAGCGCUGAGAUUCCUUAAUAAUAUCCUCGACAAGAUGAGCAUGGGAGGGUGUUUCAUGAAGGAGAAGAAUGAAGAAAAAGUCUCAAAAUUUAGUGUCGAGUUGGCUGCCUUGACACAAAAGAUUUUCUUGGCACAAGUGUUGCGAUCGCCACUUGAGAAGAUCGGGAUCUCACCAUUCAAGAAGGAGAUAAUGGAUGUUUCAAACAGAUUUGAGGAGCUCUUGGAAAAUAUUAUAGCAAAAUACGAAGAGAAAGUGGACGAGCAUCAAUGUGCUGAAAUUAUGGACAAAUUAUUGGCAGCUUCUCGAGGCGAAAAUGCCGAGUAUAAGAUCACAAGGAAGCAUAUCAAGGCCUUAUUAGCGGAACUUUUCUUUGGAGCCGGUGAGACCUCUACUUCAACAAUGCGGUGGACAAUGGCUGAGCUCAUCAACAACCCUAAGAUCCUUGAGAGAUUGAGAGGAGAAAUUGAUUCUGUCGUAGGGAAAACAAGGUUGGUCGAAGAAACUGAUCUACCAAAACUCCCUUACUUGCAAGCGGUCAUCAAAGAAUUUCUGAGAUUGCACCCAGCAGUGCCUCUCUUACCGAGAGAUGUUGUACAAGGGUGUAAGGUCGGAGGGUUCUACGUACCUGAGAGCACAUCACUUGUUAUUAAUGUUUAUGCUAUGAUGAGAGAUCAUGAUUCUUGGAAAGAUCCUGAUGACUUUAAGCUAGAGAGGUUUCUAGAGAAAGAGGAAGAGAAAAGAGAGAAACUAAUGAAGUUUCUUCCUUUCGGUUCCGGAAGGAGAGGGUGCCCUGGAUCAAACUUGAGUCAUAUCUUAGUAGGAAUCGCAAUUGGAGUGAUGGUGCAAUGCUUUGACUGGAAAAUCGAAGGAGAAAAGGUUAACAUGGAAGAGGCUUCUGGAAGAGUUUUCUUGGCUAUGGCUCAUCCUCUUGAAUGCACUCCUCGUCCUCGAAUCUUAAUUCCUUGA